CUCAAAUGUCAAAAUUAGUUAUUUACUCCCCUCCUUCAUUGAAAUCUACAGUCCUGGAUGGCUCUGGAGAGCUGACAGUAUCACUUGCUGACUUUGGUCAUAUCCCAUACGGUCAUACAGUUGUAGGGCAAGUUGUUUACCUUGCUGAUAACUCCGACGGCUGCAAAUCAUUUGAUGAAACUCUUAAAGCAUUCAAAGAUCCUAACCCAAUCGUGAUAGUCAAGAGAGGUGGCUGCUCCUUCGUCCAAAAGGUCAGAAAUAUUGAGUAUGGAGGAGGAAAACUAGCCAUAAUCGUUGACGAAAAAGAUCAUGAGAAUGUCAAAUUCAUCACCAUGGUAAAUGACGGAACUGGAAAUGGAAUUGGAAUUCCUUCUCUCCUUAUCAACAAAAAGCCUGGCAGCCAAAUCAUAGACUUCUUUGAGACCAAUACCGAUCAGAAGAAGGAGCAAGCCAAGUUCGUAAUGAAGUUUGAUAUGAAAAAUCAAGAAAACCAUGUCCGUUACGACUUGCUCUUAUCGACUUACCAAGAUAGAGCUCUUGACUUUGUAUCUGAGUUCAAGAGCUAUCAUGAAAGACUUGCAGGCCAAGUCACGAUGACUCCAAGAUAUUUCUCUUGGCCUUGCUUCGGAUGUGACGAUGAGACCAAGCAAGCUGAUUGCUUCGGAAAUGGAAAAUAUUGUGCCAUAGAUUACAGGGAUCUUGCGAUGAAAGGAACGGAUAUCCUUCUUGCUAAUGUCAGACAAAAAUGCAUCUAUAAAAACUCAAUGGAAAAUCAAAAGAAUGACAAACUUUGGUGGGAUUACGUCACUAGAGCACAUUCUUCUUGCUACACUGACUUUACAGAGGAUUGCUCUAAGAGUGUUCAUGCUAAAGUAGGCCUUAACUGGGAUGAUACUGUUAAAUGUGUUGAAGAAUCUUUUGUAAACAAAGGAACAGAAGACGAAGACAAUAUUCUUCUCGGUGAAGACUAUGAAUAUUGGGUUGAAGGAGGUUUUAGCUACACCCCUGCUAUUAUUAUCAAUGAUAGAAAGUACAAUGGUGAUAUGGCACCUGACUAUGUUUAUGAAGCAAUCUGUUCAGGAUUUGUUAACAAGCCAGCUGCUUGCCUCGAAGCUCCAACUGUUGAACCAAUAACCUAUGGUUCCUCUCAUGUCACAUUCAAUUGGUUGUACCUAAUUACUAUCAUUUUGAUCUUGAUCAACGUGAUCUUGGUAGCGAUCUGUAUCAAAAGAAACAAGACCCAAUUGAAGACCCAUGUUUUCUCUGCUCUCGGAAAAUACUCUAAAAUCGAUAGAGGGAAUUCAGAUGUCUAAUGGAAAAUUCUUUAUUCUAUAAAUUCCUAGAAUAUA